AUGAGGUACGCUUGGUCGAUAUACGCGGGAGACAUGACAGGUGGUCGGCCGCAACCGAGUGAAAAGCUGCAACUGUCAGUGACGCAUGAGAUUGUAGUCUCCGUGGACAAUUUACUGCAGAUGAUUGAGACAUAUCGUGGCCCAAAGCCGCAAAUGCCUCACAUUUCCUGGGCUGACCCUGUUUGCGUUGAGGUUGUCCGUGAUGGCGGUGAAGUCAAUCACCAGCAUAGCUUGUUGGGCCGCAUAACCGGAAAGCAACCAGCUAUCCACGUAGGGCUGGCGGGCCUGGAAUCACUUAGGGUGUGUUCUCAAGAGUUGGUGGCCAUUGACAAGCAUACCCUAAUGGGCGGCGUCAACGUCGAGACGAUCACCAUUGCGUAA